GUUGAGCAAAGUAGAGUCCUGAGUGUCUGAGUGGCCUGCAGAGCGGAGCUGACAGCGGAGAAUGGAGAGCAGCGCGUCCGCUCGGCGAGCUCUGACCGAGGACAACCCGCCCGGCCCUUCGCUUCUAAGGCCAGUCUGCUGAGAGACACCGGGAGGAAUUAGCUGGAGGGGGGAGGGGGGUGGCAGAGGAAAGGAAUGGCUGAUCCUCUGCGGAGGACUUUACUAGCAAAACUACGGGGGAAGAAGUCCAAAAAAGGAGCGACGCUCAGCGGUGGAUACGGAUCUGCUGCUGCGGCGCAUGGUGGCCCUGAAGGUAAAGAAAAAGUUUUCCCUGAGGAGAUCCGCCCGGUAGUUUUGGAUUCCACCACAGAGAGAAUGAGUACAUAUGAGAAUCAUGUUGAAGGAGCGCUGGUGCAAACUGAGGGGUUCACAACAGUCCCGAUUUGCGCAGCCGCUGGCUCACGUCCCCAGGAUCAGAGCAGCGGGGGCAGGGUUCACGUUAAUGAGCGGCUCCUAGGAGCCCCACUUCAAAGAGACACGCAGUUUGCUGGGGAGGGGUCCGGGGGGGAGGAAAGCAGCCUCUGGGAGCCCGCAUCUGCGGGGAUUUCACUCAAAGGACCACAUGUGCAGAUAAAGCGCUUCGUCUGUGCGCAGAGGCAGUGCAGCGUCGGGGAUUCUAUCGGGUUCGGGGACAGCUCCGGUCACGCGUCACACCGCGCGCAGGUAGGCGCACGCGCAGGGUUCGUUAGAGCGGCUGUGGCUUGGGUUGCAGGUGGUGAGGGGCCAGAGAUCAAGAGCAGGGGACACUCCCGGCACAUGGCAGGGACUGUAGUAGCAAUCCACGCAAAUAACACCUGGAAUGUUGACAGCCCCGCUUUGGAGGCGUACACGCAAAGUUGCGUGCAUCCAAACUCAGAAGAAAAUGUUUUAAUUAGAAGCAUUGAGAGUUAUGAGUCUGGAUGUGAGCGGCUCAAUGGAGAGACAUCAGGAUGCCCUCUGAGCCCAACUGUUUUCCCUACUGACUUACAAAUGUGUGACUUUAAAAUCCAAUCUCUUUGCACCACAGAGGGGCCACUGGGCUACCCUUUAGACAGUGAAGAUGAAGAUUAUUACGAUAAUGAAAUUCUGCCCUUUUAUGAGACAGUUAAACCAAAAACUGAUGAUAGGGUGGAGGCCACAGAGCUGCAGGUAGAUGAUGGUGAGAUCACCCAGGAAACAGACAGACUUAGAACACAGCUGCAGGAAGCCUAUUAUCUUCUCAUUAAUGCUAUGAAUGAUAUCAGUUUGGAUGUUCAUCAGAUUAAUGGUGGCUCAACUGAGCAGCAGGCCAUUUCUUCCUGUAGUAGUCAUUCAAGAGACAGUCUGUGCUCCAGGCUGUCUGUUAAAAAUACAGACAGUGACUCCUGGUCCUCAGGAGGGAACCACAGUUCUCAGCAGCUUUCUGACACCGAAUCACUUCUGCUCUGCCUCACUGGAAAGCUGGAUUCAAAGGCAAGGCUGAUCAGUAAGAGCCUGUCCAGAUUGUCACUGACCAUAAGACCCACAUUGCAGCGAUCUGCCAGUGAUGACAUUAUCAGGUAUCCUGUAUCCUCAUGUUGUAACCAAGUAAGCAGACAGGAAAGUGUAGAGGCUCGUGUAAAAGAAGCUUUGGAGUCAAAAGAGCAUGGAGGGACUGAUGCCUUAAAAGCAGGUGAGACGUCUGAGCCUAAGGAGCCUUGCCGUGCAGUCAGCAGCGAGGAACUAUUGCAAAAGGCCGCAGGUGAGGAGGACUACGGGGGGCAGCUGAACGAGAGCAGCGGCUCGGUCAACAGCCUCACAGGUUCUACAGACAGCAACAGUGAACCAGGAAUCCAUCGGGGUCAGGAGAGCAGACGGGAGCUGGCUGAGGUCCGGGCUCAGGUGGUCCGAUCAGUCAGGAAAGGCCAUGGCGUUACCGUGAACAAGAUGCAAGAGUGGAUGCACAAGGGUCGUCUGCUUUCAUCAGAGAUGAAACAGCGCAUCGAGGGUUCAUCUUUACCUCUAGGUGGAGGUCAGAACCUGGAUUGGUCCUCCCUUAAGGUUAACCACGGAGGCUGCAAACAAGGCGUCCAGGUCCGAGGGAAUAAAUCAGUCAAGGUUAAAUCGUCUACAAUCAAGUCAACAAGCCAGCUUCAGCAGCCAGCUUUCAUUGAGAAUUUCCACACCCCAUGUGUAACGGGAAGAGAGGCAGGCAGACUGCCCAACGAGCCUUCAUCAUGGAGCCCACAGCUCACCACCACCAUCACCGUGUCCAAAAAGCGCAACUGGCUGCAGCAGAGCUCUCAGCCAAAAAGUCACUGCACCAGGGAUGAGCUGCAAGGGAUUGUGGGAGCUGAGGAAGGCAGCCAGGGCUCCCAUCAGCUUUCUCCUAGCCCCAUUCCUCUGCCAGACGUAAGAUCCACAGUUGGAGCAUCGCCACGGCCAGUACAUCUCCUGAUCCCUCAGGUGGUUGUUGGUCAGUCUAAGGUGUCUCCCCAUCCUCGGAGUGUAGACCCAUCCGAAGAAAACGAUGCAGAUGAUGAGGGGGAGAUUUGGUACAACCCAAUCCCAGAGGAUGAAGAACCAGAACUUUCCCGGCGGCCUUGCAUACGGCUGGUCGUCCCUCCUCGAGGCGAAGUGCAGAGGAGGCCUGGCAUAGGAGGAGAUUUGGCUCAUGUUGGCUGGACUGUGGAGAGCUCUAGUGGACUGGAUGCAUUCGUGGAAGGUCCUGGUAGUGGUUCUGGAGAGUUGAAUCAGGGGAAUGCUGCACAUUCCACGGAGGCCAUGCAUCUGCACAGACAGAUGCUUGCGUGCAAGCAUCCAGAGGAGGGGGGGGGCUGCACCAGCAGACCAACAGAUGGACUUGACCUGCCCAAUGCUGUUAGCUUCUCACCUCCAUCCAGCCCAAACCCAACCAAGAAGAGCAGCUCCAUCAACUGGUCUUUCCCAGACAAGAUCAAGUCCCCGCGUACAGUCAGAAAGAUUUCCAUGAAGAUGAAGAAGCUCCCCGAACUUAGUCGAAAACUCAGUGUAAAAGGGACCCAAAAUAACAGUGCAAGUAGCAGUGGAAACAAUCAGGCAGAGCCAAGAUCACAUUCUCCCCGGGUCAACGGCAGUGGAUCUGACGCGGUCUCUCAGACUUCAGGCCCUCCUCGGUUGGUUCCAUCCGGAGGCGGGCAGGCGAGCCGUAAUGUAAUCUCCCGAUAUCACCUAGACAGCAGCGUUUCAACGCUGCAAAGCUUUAACAAGAAGAAAACUAAUGGCAGCUCAAAGUCAGCUAGCAAAGGAGGCUACCUGAGUGAUGGUGACUCACCAGAGCUGGUUGCCAAAUCUGGUAAACACGGAUCUGCUGAGGGGAAGGGUGGGAAAAGCAAAGAGACGGAGGGAGGAAGUUCUAGACUAAAUGGCACAGAGCUGGACAUUGAUGCUUUCCGUCAUUACAGCUUCACAGAUCAGCCCAAGUGCAGCCAGUAUAUCUCUGGACUGAUGAGUCUCCAUUUUUACGGUGCUGAGGACCUCAAACCUCCACGCAUUGACUCCCGUGAUGUUUACUGUGCAAUUCAGGUUGACUCCGUUAAUAAAGCACGAACUGCUCUUCUCACUUGUCGAACAUCCUUCCUGGAUAUGGAUCACACCUUUAACAUUGAGUUGGAGAACGCCCAGCACCUGAAGCUUGUGGUGUUCAGUUGGGAACCCACGCCCAAAAGGAACCGUGUCUGCUGCCAUGGCACGGUGGUCCUGCCUGCGCUCUUCAGAGUAACACGUACACAUCAGCUGGCAGUGAAGCUUGAGCCACGCGGGCUGAUCUACGUCAAGCUGAACUUGUUGGAACAGUGGCAGAACUCGUUGGACGGUGGACCAGAUGGAGACAGGGAGCCACAGGUGUUUGGAGUGGAGGCGUGGCGGGUCGUGGAGAGGGAAAACACUGGGCUGUUGGUGCCACUGAUCAUAUGGAAGUGCAUCAACGAGAUCGAGAGAAGAGGAUGCCAGGUGGUGGGUCUCUAUCGCCUAUGCGGCUCUGCAGCGGUAAAAAAGGAGCUGCGUGAGGCCUUCGAGAGAGACAGCCAAGGCGCGGAGCUAUGUGAAAGCAUGUAUCCGGACAUCAACGUCAUCACAGGAGUACUGAAGGACUACCUGCGUGAACUUCCCUACCCUCUGAUCACCAAGCAGCUGUACGAGGCAGUGCUGGAGACUAUGGCCACCAGGCCUCUCAAGAUGGGAGCUUCUGGGUGUGAAAACGAUCAGGCAGACUCAGAGUAUACUGUGAGUCUGUUGGAAAUCCUGCCGGAGGUGGAGAGGAUGACUUUGCGGAAGCUUCUCGACCACUUGAAGCUGGUGGCGUCCUACCAGGAGAUGAACAAGAUGACAUGUCAGAACCUGGCUGUCUGUUUCGGGCCGGUGCUGCUCAGCCAACGUCAGGAGGCGUCCUACCAUACCAACCGCGUCUUCAUCGACUCAGAGGAGCUGGCCAGCGCACUGCACUUCAAAAAACACAUUGAAGUCUUGCACUACCUGCUGCAGCUCUGGCCAGUUGUGGACCCAAAUGAACAAGGCUCCCCUCAGCCCCCUGCAGCCUCUCUGGCUCCGGCCUCCUUCGACCUUCUGUCAGCCCCUCCUUUGAGACGUAGAAAAGAGCGCCCCCAGUUUCUAAACCUCAGCGAAGCAGAGAUAGCGGGUGUUCUACGACCCAAACCGGGACGCCUGGACAGCCCCAGCAACAGAUACGCUGGUGACUGGAGUGGCUGUGGUGAGCGUUAUUUCCCCUCUGAAAUGCUGCUGCCUCCCAGCAAAGAAGAGGCAGACUACGAUGAUGUGCCUUCUGAGGAUACGGAGGUGGUUGAAGAGGUUCAGGAGAAGGACACAGCUGAAGAAGAUGAAGAGGAGAAGAUCCUCUGUGAUCCUGUCUUGGAGAAAGAAUCUGGAAGAGAGGAGUUGGUGAAAAAGGGCGAAGAAGAAGAGAGAGAGAAAGAAGGCGACAGUGAUAGCUCAAUUAACAGGCAGGCUUCUGAAGAGGAGGAAGCAGAGGAAACAGUGUUUAACCAUAUCCUGCCGACUCGGUUGCCUAAGGAGCACACUUACCAGGCUUACAUGAAGAUCCAGGACAUCAGUCCUGUUCUGAGCAACAGGGUGAACCUGAGAGACCUGCAGGAGAGCAUCGACACUCUCAUAGGCAACCUGGAGCGAGAGCUCAAUAAGAACAAGCUCAACGUUGGAUACUGACUACUAUACAGGCACAUACAUAUCCAUUUGUUGACUCAUAAACACAGGUGAGGUUUUUGGGGAGGACCUACUGUACUGAUCAAGGUGCUUCACUAAUAGUCACAGUGUUUCCACAGUCUUGUGGCUUGUGGUGCUGCUGUAAUAAAUUACAAGGUGAGAGAAGAAGAAAUGAAACUUCGAGGGCACUUCUACAACUUCUACCGUAUCCACAGGCAUUCCAUUGUUUUUUGUUUUGUUUUUUUUCCUCGGUUUUUCGUGUCUUCCAUCGUGUUUGAAUUGUUUGUAUUAUUCCUGGUUUGUUCCAUUUUGUUAUUGUUGUUUUUCUUCUUAUUAGAAGAAUCCAUUGACCCCUCAAGGGUUUAAAAGGUGCCUUAAUUGUGUGAAGGUGGUGCGUCGAGGAUAAUCCACCCUGUAUGAAAACAUGUUAUCUUCUGAGGGACUGAUUUAAGACAGUCCUGUGCAGGUUUUGACCCAAGUAUUAGCUUACUUUGAGAUAUAUUAAAUGGUUUCUCAAAUCAAUAUGCAGCACUGAGCAUGUAUUGAUGCCCUUCUCAAAAACUUGCCUAUGUAACGUGAGAGGAUUGAAUGAGUCAUGUGACGUAGAGCACCACUUUACAGCAGUCCUCUUAAACAUGAGAGCUAACCCUAAAAAGUUUUUUGGCAGCAAAAUAGAUAUAAUGCUUUACUGAUCAGACAUAUAUUUAGUUAUCGGAUGUAGGAUAUAAUCUAGAGGGGUGAGUGGGACCUUUACAGAAAAAAAAAAGAAAAAGUAUAGGGUGCUACAUUAGGAAGUUACAGGUCUAGCGCCCCUAUUGGCUAAAAGUUACACAGCACUGCUUUAAUGGACAUAAUCAUGGAUUCCAAUAAAAAAAAAAAAAAUUUGCAGCAGGUAAAAACCCACCUCCUUUUGCACUAAGCUGCGCUACACCUUAAAAAUUUCCUACACUCUUGAUGCUUUCAGAAUCAAGUGCUAGAAUGAGUGUCAGUCUUUUUGCAAGUGAAUAAAGUUGGCUGGAUAAUGUAGUUGCAACAUUCAAAUUUGAUCUGAACACCCAGAUAUCUAACAAAAAAAUAGUUCAAUUUGAUUUAUUCAUAAAGCGCCAAUUCACAGUAUAGUUUUCAAGGCACUUUAUAUAGUUAAUUUGAAUCAUACAGACUGAUUCCAAGUGAAUUCCUUACAUUCCAAUUGAUCUUGGCUGCCAAGCAAUGCAGCAAAAUUCAGUUUAUCAUUCAAAUAACGUUAAAUAAGCAGAGAAUAAUUAAUGAAUAACUAAACAGAAACCGGUCUUAAUAUCAAAAUCUAAGGUGUUGUCAAAUUGUUCCAGUGUAGCCAUAUUUUACUGCCUGUUUUAAGUUUUUGGAGAAACGUUUUCUUUUAUUAAUGUUGAUUUCCUUCUCAAUACGACUGAGAAUUGUUCUGUCGAGGUAUAAAAAUAUCAUACAACAAUGAUGCACUUAUAAGGCAGGAAGUGAUGUCGUCCUUCUUUAUAGAGAUAAAAAAAAAGAACUUGUGAUUCGUAUUACGUGAGAAAAUGGUUAAUGAUGAAUAGAAAAAAACAUGAUGUUUUUCUUAUUAAACAUCUCUCAUGUUUAAGGUCAAGCAAGCUUAUAAUAGCUAUUUUAAUAUAAUUGAUUUCUUAUUAGAUGGGGAUUUGGACACAUUUUUUUGGUAAAUAGAAAUAAGUUGCAGUAAGAGAGGAUAGUUUUGCCAUGCUAGUUUUAGCUUAGUGUGAAAACUUGAGCUACAUGGUCUCAUUUAGGUAUAACAAAAAUCUUUCUGACACAAGCUAAAAUGAAUGUGUGGAUGAUCCUCUGUCCACAAUACAAGACAAUAAGCUAAAUAGUUAAAGAGAUGACAAUAAUAUGAUUUUUCUGUUGUGAAAUUUAGCAGCCCUUAUCGUGUUGGCGUUUGUUACCUUGCUGCCUAAAGCAACUAAGGUUUUCAGCAAUCCAGGGAUUCAGAAUGAUCAGUAUUUAAUCUAUAUGGAUAUGUAUAUAAUUAUUAAAAAUCUUGGAGUAUAUUAUUUUUUCAUCCUAUAUUUGAAUGGUGUAUUAAACAAACAACAACAUAAAACUUCUGAUGACCUUGUAGUGUUUAUGACAGUCAGUAACCUAAAUCUCCCUUUGAGCUACCUGUACACAUCUUAAUGUGCUGGACUGAUGGUACAACUUUAGCUGUAAAAUACAAGAUCGAGCUAAUGGUAUUGUUAUUUUGUGUACAUAUUUGAGAUAAUCUGUGCCCUUGGUGUGUUUAUUUUGUUUUGUUUUUAUGGUACUGAACGUUGCAUGGUCAAAAGCUUUACCAACGUAAGCAAGGCUCUUUCUCAUCUGCCAUUAAAUUUCAUAUUUAUGUGUAAAAUAAGACUAUUUUAUUAUACAAGCAUAUUUGUUUGAACACUUGUUACUUCGACGAACUGAUGAUUGCAUUAAAUUUUCAUCCAAAGGACAAUGAGGCAGAUUGAUUCGAUCUGAUGCACAUAUUUUAAAAUAGUAAAAUUAUAGUAGCAUAGUCAAAAAGUGACAUUAUUACUACAUAUAUA